UCCUGCUCACACACACACACACCCUCACUGCACAUGCUUUGAGUGGAACAGAUUCACAGUGCUGCGCUGGAGUGAGACAACGGUGUGUGAUUGAGAGAGAGAGUUUAUUCUCACCCCGCGUCAGCUCAAGGAAAGCACCACUGUGGAGAAGUUUCAUGAACGGAUGACCUCAACAGAGGACCUUUUUUAUCAGACCAUGGAAGCCAAGAAUUGGAGCUAAAAGAAAAGAAGAAGAGUUUUUUGCUUGUUUGUUUGUUUGUUUUUUUAAACAAAACAAAACACCUUUUUGGCUGAAGUGGAAAUUAGAGUUUUGUCUGUGGGAUUACUGGGAACUUCAUUCAUGAGCUCUUGUCAUGUUGGUAUCCUGCAUGAUUGUUUCUUGUUGACAGGAGCCAUCUCUGUGUUUUGGAUUUCCCACGGAUCACAGUUUAUAUUCUGAACACAGUGUGUGAAUGAAGGGCGCGGGAGCAGGAAACAUGUCAAGCGGACGAUUCAGUCACCUGUUGAGGGGUGUCUGGUUUCUGUGGCAAGCUCUGUUGGUGGUAGGAACAGGGACAAAACUUUGGGAGGUGCCAACAGGUCCAUUUGCAUCCUCCUCCAACUUCAGUGAGAGCCUCCAGUGGGAGCCCCACUGUCAGUACCACAACAUACAGGACAGAGUGAGAAUCACAGCAGAUAUACCACCACAACUGGAUGGUACUUGGGUAUCAAUAAGAUGCGAAGUUCGUCCUGGUCCAGAGUUUCUUACCCGCUCCUACACUUUCCACCCCAACCGUCACUUCCAGGCCCUGCAGCACUACUAUACCGACACCAAAUUGCUAAACAGUACAAAGCCAGGGAAGUGUGGUCGUGCUACAGGAUGGGAGGUCGGAGUAGAGCAGGACUUGACCCCCACAGACGGAUGCACCGUGUUGGGUAUCAAGCUGCCCCAUAAAGAGUACGAGCUCUUCAAGAUAGAGCUGGAUCACAGGAAACACCCACUGCUGUUUAUCGGCGAGAGGCCAACUGACGGGUCCAGUCCUGACCGACCGCUGAGGCGACCCACUUCCUUUCAGGCUCCCAUGGUACUUUGCAGUGGGGGAAGCACACAGGCCGCCCGCUCAGGUUUUAACAGCAAGCAAGUACAGUUAGCAGCCAGUGGGACAGAGAGGCUUCCACAGCUGGUCCUGCUGGUGUUUGGAUCUGUGCUUUGCGGCUGGCUCUGUGUUUACUAGACAUUGUUCGCAAAUCAAACCUGUUAAACAGCUGAAGCCAGUGAUGGACAUUUUUUCCUGGCAGCUGUUUUUCAUUUUCCUUCCACAUGAUGACAUGUUCAUGACCACAUGUGAAAUAGGCAAGAAAGACAUUUAGAAGAUAUAUGCUGUCUGUAGGUUAACCUAAACGACUCACUUCAUCUCCUUUUUCUAACAAAUCUGUAUAAAAGCCACCAAUAUAUACAAAUGCCAUCGUUUCAGUAUGUAAAACUUCAUAUAUUCUUUUGAAACAUGCUACCUUUGUAUGAUAAUCAAAAUGAUGCUCUCAAGUCGCAAACUGAUUUCAAAUGUGGGUCUUCAUUAAUAUGCAAGCCAGGGCUAUUUCAGUUACUUUUCACCAAGAUGCAGUACAACUAAUGCACUUUGUAAAUAAUAUUUUAUCAGCAUAUUGGUAAGAACAGUUACCAUCACUGGUCAAGUUUUAGUGUAUUAGUCUUUUUUUUCUAUCAACAGCCAGUCUAAACAAAUUAAUGAAAUUAAUAUUUAUUUUAUCCAUUUAUACUGUGCUUUUUC